AUGGGUCGUGAGACGCUAGAAAUCGAGUCUCGUCGUAAUGCGCUUGAGGAAGACGCGCGUCGCGGGGCACUAGAAGCCGAGACCAGCCGCGAAGCGCUAGAGGCCGAGGCUCGUCGCGAGGCGCGUGAGGACGAAGCGCGUCGAAAAGCGCAACAGGACGAGGCGCGCCGUAGGGACCAAGAGGUCAAGAAACGUCGCGAGGCGCUGGAGGCCGAGUGGGCGUGGAAGAAGGAGCAGGACGUGGCCUUUGAGCACAGUAAACAGCUAAUCACCGAGGCACCGGUGCUGGUGCACUUCGAUCCAGCCAAGCCUGUUGUCCUUACUGUAGAUGCAUCACCAUACGGUGUAGGAGCCGUCCUAGCGCACAGAGACAAGGAUGGCCAAGAACGCCCGGUGUCGUUUGCUUCUCGUCGUCUUCACACAGCAGAGCAGCGUUACAGCCAGCUGGACAAGGAAGGCAUCGCCCUCAUGUUUGGCGUCGAGCGUUUUCACCAGUACCUGUGGGGCCGAAAGUUCGAGGCAGUCACGGACCACAAACCACUGCUGGGGCUACUGGGGCCAGACAAGGCGGUCCCCGUGCAGGCAUCACCUCGAGUGGUACGAUGGGCCUUGAAGCUGGCGGCCUACAUCUACCAGUUGGUGUACCGUCCGGGAAAAGACCUGGGACCUGCUGAUGCCCUGAGUCGGUUGCCGCUGCCAGAGGUGCCUGCUGCUGUUCUAGAGUCAGCUGAAGUGCUCAUGCUGGAGCAUGCGUACCCAGAGGUACUCUGCAGGUUUGCUGUGUCGCAGGCGACCAGUCGGGACCCGGUCCUGUCUCAGGUGGUGAAGGCAGUAUCCCGAGGGGAGGAGUUGGUGCAGCAGCCUUACAGCCACAAGGCCGCUGAGCUGAGCCUGGAGCAGGGCUGCCUACUUUGGGGUUCCAGGGUGGUGAUCCCACUAAUUCUCCGGUCCAGGGUCCUGCAGUUGCUGCACGCGGGGCAUCCUGGCGUGGAAAAGACAAAAAUGGUGGCCCGGUCCCGCCUUUGGUGGCCUAGACUGGACCAGGACAUCGCUCACAUGGUGCAGAGCUGCCAAGUCUGCCAGGAACAUCAACGGGCCUCGCGUCAUGUGAUCACCCCAUGGCCAUUCCCACAGAGGCCCUGGUCCCGCCUUCACGUGGAUUUUGGGCGCCCCUUCAAAGGCCACUACUUCCUGGUGGUGGUCGACGCAUUUUCAAAGUGGGUGGAAGUUCUACCUGUCACCACUCCAUCAGCAGGUGCGACCAUUGCAGCACUGCGGCAUGUCUUUGCAGCCCAGGGGCUGCCGGACAUCAUAGUCUCCGAUAAUGGGCCCGCUUUCGCCAGCGCAGAGUAUCUGUCCUGGCUGACAAAGAACGGAAUCCGCCGAAUGAUGGUUCCUCCGUACCACCCUGCUUCAAACGGUGCAGCUGAGCGGGUGGUGCAGACUAUUAAGGACAAACUGAAGAAGAGCCAGGCUGGGGAUUUCCGUACGCAGGUCGCCCGCAUGCAUACUUUUCCAGUACCUCAUGAUGUCACCGGCCGUGCCCCCUGUGAGCUUCUGCUGGGACGGAUGGUGAAGACACCGUUGGACAUUCUGUAUCCAGACCUCCGGUCCACGGCGCUCCUCAAACAGCUGAAGCAGAAGCUGGCUGCUGACAAAGGGUGCCGUCCUGGGCCAUUGCCGGAGCCUGGAGUGCCAGUAUUCGCCAGGAAUUUCCGUUCUGGCCCACCUUGGUCUGCUGGACAUGUGGUCUCGCCUGCAAGCUCCUCCUCUCUGCUCGUACGAAUGCAGGAUGGAACCACAUGGCACCGGCAUGCUGACCAUGUGAGGGCUAACCGCGGGACCUGGCUUGCAUCCACGGCAGCACCAGUUGCAACCACGGCAGCACCAGUUGCGGCCAGGGAGACAACCAUUUCGCAAGGGACAGGCGCCUCCAGUUGUGCACCACUAGUUGGGCCACCGGCAAGUUCAGUGCCAUCUCUGCCAACCACGGCAGAGUCUCAGGAGGAAUCAAGCGCGGCUCAGGCAGCACCUGGUGCUACCGCACCUAGUCCCUCAACAACUGUACCCAGGCGGAGCAAUCGACGACGAAGGGCACCAGACCGCUUUUCGCCUACCUAA